ACCUCUUAUGCACAACAGUGGAGUAUUUGCUACGGAAAAAGAACAUUUGCUUCCCAAAACAUACUGAUUUCCUUAUGCGAAAAAACAGCUAGAUACAUCAGAGUUACCAUAUGGCAUCCUAAAUAUGGAAUUAGGGGUUCUCUACCUGAAAUAUGUGAAAUUCAAGUUUAUGGAUGCCUUCCAGGACAUUAUGGUAAAAAGUGUACUCCUUGUAGCAAGAACUGCCGCGGAGGGACCUGUGGUGGAAGUAACGGUAAAUGUAUCGAUGGAUGCAUUCCAGGGUAUUAUGGAGAUUUCUGUGAUCGGAACUGCAGUGAUUACUGUGCUCAUAGCAUUUGUAAUCACAAUUUGGGCACAUGUCGGUGGGUCCUCGGAUGGAAGCCUCCAUAUUGUAAUGAAAGCUGCAGCUCUAACUGUGUAUACAACGAAUGCGAUGAAAAUGAAAACUGUGUAAAGGCUUGUGUUCCGGGAUACUGGGGACAUAAAUGUCAGGAAAUCUGCCCAUCGAAGUGUCAAAUGGGGUGCGAUAGAGUAAGCGCAGACUGUAAAUCUUGUCGCGACGGGUACUGGGGGAUAAAAUGUGAAAGGGAAUGUUUAUCGAAGUGUUCAGAACUAAAGUGUUCUAAGAAAUCGGGAUACCGAUUCUGUAUAGGUUGCCUUCCCGGUAACUAUGGAAGGUACUGUGAUCAAGUAUGUGGAAAUUGCAGUACUAAUUCCUGUGAUAAAUACAGUGGAAAUUGUGGCGCCUGUAACACAGGCUUUUACGGAGCAAAGUGCAAUGUACCAUGUCGCAUCACCUGCCGGCAUCAAGAAUGUGGAAAAACACAUGGACAGUGUAGUAAUGGUUGCGAAAAUGGAUUUUAUGGUCCAUUUU